GCACUCGGCAACGUCACUACCUGCAAUGACUACGUAGCUCUUGUUCACCCAGAUCUUGACAGGGAGACGGAGGAGAUCUUGGCAGAUGUACUGAAGGUUGAGGUUUUCAGACAAACGGUAGCAGAUCAGGUGCUGGUAGGAAGCUACUGCGUGUUUAGUAACCAAGGAGGAAUUGUGCACCCCAAGACUUCCAUUGAUGAUCAGGAUGAACUGUCGUCGUUGCUCCAGGUCCCACUUGUGGCUGGGACGGUGAAUCGUGGCAGUGAGGUCAUUGCAGCGGGGAUGGUUGUGAAUGACUGGUGUGCCUUCUGUGGGCUGGACACAACCAGCACUGAGCUCUCCGUCAUUGAGAGCAUCUUCCGGCUGAACGAGGCUCAGCCGAGUGCCAUUGCUACCAACAUGAGAGAUUCCUUGAUUGACAGCUUGACAUGA